ACUUGACGCAGACGUAGCACCGAACGCACAUUCAGCUAUCCCCGAGAUGUACGCGGUUCUGCUCCUUUCGCUGGCUGCAGCGACAGGUGCUGCAUGGGUGGAAGACACUUUCUUCACUGGCCAGUUGGACACGUCAAAGGUGGUAUCUUUUGUUGUUGAUGUGUUGCUGUAUUUCCAGCUUUCGCACACGAACUUGGCAGGGGGGAAGUUUGCGAUGACGGCUGAUGGCUCCGUGAUCGCUGGUGCAGGGCACAAUUCCUAUUGGGUCAGCACAGACAGCGGAGCAACCUGGACAAGGCGAUCUCCUAUGGAGAAGCAGUAUGAAUCCCGGAGUGUUUUAGACAGACAGAGCGACAGGGAAGGAAGGAGGGAGGAACGGACCAUGUUCAACGACUCACCAACUCUUGAACCGGAUGUUCAGAAAGUCACGGGUAUCACAUCACGUCCAAGGAAGGCAUUGCCCUUUUCAGCUGAUGGAUCCAAACUUGUCGCCGGUGGAAUUGAAGUGAACAUGUGGAAGAGCGAUGGCGGUCCAACCUUUCAAACGGGCUUGUCUGAUGCACAAUUCCCAAGCUCAACAUCUCAGAAGCUUCGUGACCUGGCAAUGUCUCCGGAUGGCAACAUCAUUGUCUCAGCUGGUGACACCAGCGAUGUGGACGCGCAGACCUGGACCCAGGGCAGCUUCCGAACCACCGAUUUUGGUGCUAAUUGGAACCAGAUCUCGACGACCCCAAUGACGGGUAUCGCCAUGUCGGCCGAUGGCAAUGUGAUUGCAGCCGUGACCUCACAAAGCAACGCGGGAGUGCGUGUGAGCACUGACGGAGGUGCCAACUGGGCAACCAACACGCCGAGCGAAUCCACGAGCCUACAUGCCAUCGCCAUGACGUCCGAUGGCUCGAUUAUGGCAGCUGUGGGCCAUGGCAACGGUGGCAUUUGGAUCAGCAAUAUAACACUGGCUCAACUUGGACGCAGGUCGUGUCGGAUUCUGGUGUUUGGGAAAGUGUGUCCAUGUCCGCGGAUGGCUCAGUGA